AUGGAUUUCUUGAAAUCCGCCAUCGGAUCAGCCAUCGCGAAGGGCAGCGGACUGCCAUUCUCCCUCGGCGACAGGGUCGACAUUGGCGACUCAGUCUGGGCACUCCACAACGGUACGAAACGGGAUGACGGUUCCGUCUGCAGUGUUUUUACAUUCGAUGUCAAUGCGAACAAAUCGCGCCUACCCCUGGCGAAAAAUGCCAUCCGCAAGUGUCGGACGUUACGGCAUCCCGGUGUUAUCAAAGUUUUGGAUACAAUUGAGACAGAUUACAAUCUUUACAUUGUCACGGAACGAGUUGUGCCGCUCAGCUGGCCGGUGAAGAGGAGGAGCUUGACCGAGGAGACUGCUAAGUGGGGGUUGUAUACUGUGGCAUCUACUCUCAAGUUCAUCAACGAGGAUGCUUCCUCGGUCCACGGUGCCGUGCGCGCAUCUUCCGUGUUCACCAGUGAGAGCGGGGAAUGGAAGCUAGGAGGAUUCGAUAUCCUGAGCUCCAUGAAAGAGGACGAUGCUAUUAUAUAUACUUACGGAAGCAGUGUGCCCGAUGCCGCCCGAUACACACCCCCAGAAGUGGUUAAAGGUGGAUGGGAUACUAUCAAGCGCAAUCCUCUAGCAGCAGUGGAUGCCUAUGGAUUGGGUAUCUUAAUCUUUGAGGUUUUCAAUGGGAAUUUCUCAAGUGCCGACCAAGCUGGCAAGACAACAAACAUUCCUCCUAGCAUGCAGCAAAGCUAUAAGCGCCUUUGCACCGCUAACCCAAAGCUCCGACUGAGCCCAGGGCAUUUUGUUGAACAGGGAAAGAAACAUGGCGGAUUCUUCCAAACACCACUUAUUCGGAUGACUGAGGACAUCGACAGCUUGGGGCUCAAGAGUGAUGCUGAGCGUGAAGAGUUUAUCAAUGAACUUGAUAAUCUUUCUGGGGACUUCCCAGAAGACUUCUUUAAAAUGAAGGUACUGCCUGAGCUACUCAAAUCCGUCGAAUUCGGCGGUGGUGGUCCGAAAGUCCUUGGGGCCACCUUUAAAAUUGGAGCAAAGUUAUCGACAGAAGAGUUCAACUCUAAGCUGACCCCCGUGGUUGUGCGUUUAUUUGGCAAUCCUGAUCGAGCAUUGCGUGUCUGCCUCUUGGAUCACCUCCCGUUAAUGAUUGACAACCUUCCACAGAAGGUUGUCAACGACAAGAUCUUCCCUCAAAUGACUUCUGGUUUCACCGACGUCGCGCCAGUGGUUAGAGAACAAACGGUAAAGGCCGUUCUUACGGUCAUCAACAAACUUAAUGACAGGAUCAUCAAUGGAGAACUGUUGAAAUUCCUCGCCCGCACUGCUAACGACGAGCAACCUGGAAUUCGGACGAAUACUACGAUUUGCCUGGGUCGGAUCGCUAAGAACCUGGGGCAAAGUACUCGCUCCAAAGUGCUUAUUGCGGCAUUUACCAGAUCGAUUCGAGAUCCUUUUGUUCACGCUCGAAACGCAGGACUGUUGGCUUUAGCUGCGACUAUUGAUGUGUUCACUGAGGAAGACUGCGCUGUCAGAAUUUUGCCUGCCAUUUGUCCCGGACUUCUGGACAAGGAAAAAUUGAUCCGAGACCAAGCAAAUAAGACAUUGGACUUAUAUGUUCAGCGGGUGCGGAAGCAUGCCAGCACAAUGCCAGCCACUGUGAUACCACCUGUCGCACCUGCAGAAGCCAACAAACCUGAUGCUCGUGUUGAAACUCCCAGUGACAACUCCUGGGCCGGGUGGGCCAUCUCAUCAUUCACAAACAAAAUCGCAACUGCCAACGGCGAGAUUGAACCCACAGCCAACAGCAGUAAGACUGUUGAUCCAGAUACUGCACGCUCUGCGUCAGUUCCUCGCCCGGCCAAACCAUCACCCUCAACCCAAUCAGAACUGCCUAAACAAGUUCUUCGGCCCGCAGCCCAGCCCUUGAAUCGGUCGAUGUCAGAUCGUGCAGCUCCAGUUGUUCACGACGACGAGCCCGAAGUAGAAGGCGACAAUGUCUUUGAUGCCUGGGGUGCUAUGGAUGAUGACGAUGAUCAAAAUGAAGUUGAUCCAUUCACUGCUGCUGUCACGUCCCCCAAACCCACAUCUCCUGUUCCCUCGCCGAACAAAGCUCCUGCUGUACCCUACGAUGAUGGGGGUGAACCCGAUUUCGCUGGCUGGCUGGCCGCAAAGUCUCAAACAAAGGCCAAACCCCUUUUACCAAAGGGCCUGACCAAGGCUGCAUCUACGAACACCGUAGUCACACGAUCUACGGCAAGCACAGCCAAACCUCGCCCUGUGGCUGUGGCCAAGAAGAUUGAUACUAAACCAAAAAAUGAAGAUGCUGAUGAUGAUUGGGGAGAUGCAUGGGAUUAA